GAUUUGAUGACCCGCGGCUUGUCCAUUUCUGGAGAAGGCACUUUUGCACUCUAGUCUAGCCAACAAGGCACGGACAGAGAUGGUGCGAGCCCGAAGUUGCCAAUCGAUUCAGUCGGGUGGAUACUGACUACUGUUGAGUCGCUCCUGCAGUUCUGGCCUUGGCUUCACACGGUAUCUUCAGCUUUUUUUUCGCCUGCGACUGUUCAAACAUCUGCGCUUUGCUUGCGCGGAUAGAAUCAGUACUCUCAGUGCGCAACAGACUGGCUUUUCAAGCACUCUUGAUAAUGUGGGCUUCGCGGUCACAGUCAGCCUGAGUUUGAGAAACGAAGGUGAAGACUGCAGAAGCCAGUUACCAAUGCAGUAGUCGAUAAGUCUAGCAGCUCCAGCUCUGACCAAGUACUUACCGGUAGCAAUUACAGUCUUGUUUUAUCACGGUUCUUGCUGCAUCUUUCUUCUAAAAGCAAUGUCGGACAUUCUGCUGUCAUCGGUGGUUCAGGGCUCGCGAGCCUGCGUUUGCGGACUGGGCAUCCACGCCAGCUUGUCGCUGGCCAGCACCAUUCUCUCUGGGAGGAUCUCCAAAGUGCUUAAGUACAAUCCAGUCAAUCCUAAUUGCCUCAAGUUUGGAGCGUUCCUUGGCGGUUUCGCCGGUGUGUAUCGGCUUGCCAGGGAUCUUUUACAGCGAUACCAGAUUCUCUAUGGGCAGGGCAAAAACAGUAGCUACAUAGCGCUGGCAGCGGCACUAGCCGGCCUGACCUCUGCCAUCCAGCCGGCCCAUACUCGUCACACCAUCAUGCUACUCCUGGCCAGUCGUGCUCUCGCCUCACUGCUAAAACGCUGGCAAGCAGCCACUGGACUGCGCAUUCCCAGUGCUGUGUUUCUUGCUAUGGUCAUCGUCAACUCUACCAUCCUUGUUCAAACUUCCCUGCAGCAUCCCGACGCGCUGCCGCCAUCCUAUUACAAGUCUAUACAGCGAUGGUCGUGUGUAUACAACGACACUAACAUUACGCAGAUAUUCCGUCCGUGUCCUGACCAGUUGGAGCGACUCACGUGCCACGAGGUCAUUCACCCGGGGCAGUCGUGCCUUCAAUUUAGCCUGCUGUCAACCGCCAUGGCCUGGAAGCAUGCAUUGAAGCUAUACAUGACACUGUCAGCUAUUCCACUAGUGUUCCGAGCCAAGCAGUUGCUCAAAACACCCGCUCCAAUGCUGGCACGUUUGGCGAAAACAGUAGCUCGCUCCACAGCUUAUCUGGGUGUGUCUUGCACGAUUGGUUUCUCAACGAUAUGUGCAGCAUCACGGAACAAGUAUAUUCGGCAGAACUUCAACACACCACAAGGCAGGCUGCCAGAUUUAGUUGGCCUUCUGAUAGGGCUCGCUAUGAGCAUCCCAGCUGCAAUAGAGCCAGCAUCCCGUUGGUAUGAACUAGCUAUGUACACCACGCCACUCACUUUGCACGUCAUCAUCAGGCACAUGCAGCUCAACCAUCUGAUCCCGACCACGCGCAAUUCCUCCGUGUUUUUCUUCGCUGCAGCAAUGGCCGUCAUCAUGCAGGCCUACGAACGCCAACAAAAGACUAUUCCAACAUGGCUGGCGUCCUUCCUGCGCUAUCUAGUUCACUAGUCAGGUUUUUUUAAACUGAGGUUAGCCGUGUUACAUCCUGCUGGCCAGGGAACACAUUUCCAAGUAGUAAAUUGGUAGUCAGUUUAAAUGAUGGUAGUAGAUUUGUUCGCACUUCUGACUGAUGAUUUAUUGUGUUGAACACGCCUUUGGUUGAAGUAACUCCACCUUUUUUUCACGGUUGUAUUGCAAACUAUCUCUGCUAUUAGAUAAGUAGUCCAAAGGAACGAAACAGAUAGGCUGUAGGGUGAGGUACCUGUGUGGCAAGCAACUAUUUUUGUGACUAAAGUGACUGGUUUCGUGUCACUUGUGUUCAGGUACAUUGUAGGCGCGUAGCGUUGUUUGAGGUCGAUCUGGGU